AAUAAAUGAUUUUGGACCUAAUAUAUCCUCUCUUUUUCUUCCCACUAGAUCGUGAAAUCUCAGAAGACAUGUUAGACGUGUAGAAAAGCGAAUAACGAACAAAAUGCCCGUGGAAUAUAUGUUUCCACAUGGAGUCAUCAAUUCUUGGAACCUGUUACUCAAAGCAGUGGUGUCCGCACCUUAAAUAGACUCAUUCAAGAGAAGACUAUGCACUCAAAGAAGCAUACUAGAAGAGGAAUAAAAUAGGCAGUAGUCCUUCCGUCUUUACCACACAAAUUUGAUAAAUCCCAUUUGAGGGACACGCUACAUGACCUUCGAAAGCGUGACUACCUUCAACAUACGGCAAUUUGUUUGUAAGUUUAGCUCUCUUCCUAAGAGCUAAUCUCAGGCCAUAUAUCUCAUGGUCAAUCAUUUAAACCCAUUCAUAUUUAUUUCCUUUAUUGCUCCCUUUAUUUACGUUCUUUUGCAAAAGUACCAUAUGGUACAUUUAGUCGUGUUCUCCAUUUUUUCCCCACCGUAUUUCCCCGUUGGUUGGUUCUUUGGGUACCGAUACUUGCGAAUAAAAGUUGAUGUGAUGAAUCCUUAUCCCCGAAACAUCUGGUGAAUUCUUAAGUUCUGGACAGCAUCAUUCCUUUUAUCAAAAUGGAUCUUGUUUACAAGCUUUACAAAAAUCAGGAAACCUCAUAUUUUCCCCGUAAAAUUCUCCAAUCCCUAACAUACUCUUUCAUGGGAUUAGCUUCAAAGAUAGCCUUGUCACGUCAUCAGCUAAACGUUGUUGGUUCAGAACGUUUUUUAUUGGCCAUUGAAAAAAGACCUAGUAAUCAGCCUUUGAUUACAAUCAGCAAUCACCAUUCGUGUCUUGACGAUUUUUUCUUGUGUGGUUCAUUGCUUAAACUUAGGCACUUUGCUAAUGUAACCGUAUGUCGUUGGUGCUUGACAGCUGUAGAUAUAUGUUACACAACUUCGUUUCAUACUAACUUCUUCUUCUGGUUCAGAGGAGUUCCUAUAUGGCGAAGAGUUCGUGAUCCGCUAUCUCGUAAAAUUAUUCACUUUGGUGGGGGGGUUUAUCAGCCUAGUAUGGAUUUUUGCAUAGAUUUACUAAAUUCUGGCCAAUGGGUGCAUGUAUUUUCUCAGGGCAGAAUUAUUCAACCUCACGAACGUGAUUCUGAGAAAAAUAUCCGCCUGCGUUGGGGAAUCGGACGAUUAAUAGCGGAAUCAAAAGAAUGUGAUAUUUUAUUCGGUGUAACAUUAGUUUAUUUGAGUGUGGUGUUUAUUCAAAAUACGUUAUUCUUGUAUUAAAUGGACGUGAACUAUGCCCAGCAUGACAUGCAGCAUGUGAUUUAGUAAAACUCUAUGUAUUUUUCAUAUAUCUGAUUCCAUUCUAAUUAAUGAUCAAAAUCGGUGUAUAAUUAACUUAUAAAUGAGUGCAUUUUCGUCGUGUUUUAGAGUUAAUAAAUCCUCACUAGUACC